GUUUGUCCCGAUGGCCGGCUCCCGACAGCACUCGGGGCUACUUCAUGGGUAAGUUCAUGCCAACAGGGAGUCAGUCUCUACUAUGGUAGACAAAUAUUUGGUUCGGGACCAUGUCAGACAGCCCGUCUGACGGAGAUCCAUGCCAACAUUGGAGAAAACCAGGCUUGAUAAGUCAGCAAAUUCCCGAUGAACCUUAGAAGCCACAUCCCUGGGUCCCUGCCUGGAGCGUCCCGCGAGCGGCCCGGUCAUUGGUGUCCCCGGUUUUGGCAUGCAUGUCUCGCCGUGGCGGUGGCAUAUACUUUUAUUAGGUAGUUCCCGUCGGUAUCCCCCAGUCUAUACCCACACUCCCACCAAAAUAUACUUUGCAGAAUAACUCGGCGACUCGAAACUCCUGAACCAUGCCUGCAUAACCUUUGCUAGGAUCUGCACAGAACACAUAGAAUGCCGAAUGAUAAGAGGUUUGACUUGGGCAGAGAUAAAGAAAGGACAAGUAUCCCCUGAAGGGGACUUCCUCAGAACUGCGGAGGACAACUUCACUUCUUACCACCAGCCAUUGAUAACCCGGGUCAACAGGCUACGGAAGGCGGUGAUUCCGAAUGGCGGAAGGUGGAAGAACGAAGAUGCAGGGCUGUAUUCUCGGAUGAAGGAAAUCCUCCGCAAAGGCCGGAAGGACCCGAAGGUGGCGGAUAUACAGUAUACCUCAAUAUAAUAGGGCGCGGCAGGCCUCUUCUGGACUGUGGCUCAUGGCCCUGGUUUCGCAUCGCUUUCCA